AUGGAAGGGGUCACAAUGCUCGCUACAAAAGCGGUUGUGAAAGAGUUGCUUGUGAAAUUCAAUCCAGAUGUGGUUAUUCUCCAGAAGUCUAAAGUUAGUACUGUCAAUCGACAUUUGGUGAAGUCAGUUUGGAGUAGUUGGUUUGUUGGCUGGGCAACUUUAGAGGCUUAUGGUUCUUCGGGUGGUAUUCUUAUUUUGUGGAAAGAGGACUCGAUCACAGUGGUUGACUCAAUUCAAGGUCAGUUCUCUAUUUCUAUUCACUGGAAGUUUAAUGCUGGCUUCUCUGGUUGGAUCACAGGUGUGUACGGUCCUUCCUCUUAUAGACUUAGAGACCAAUUUUGGUGGGAGCUUUCUAGUUUAUAUGGCUUGUGCAACGAAAAUUGGUGUGUUGGGGGUGACUUCAAUGUAGUUAGAUGGUUAAAUGAGAAGAGCUCUGACGCUUGCCCUACUAGAAGUAUGAUUCGCUUUACUAGCUUGAUUGAGGAAUUGGAUAUGGUGGAUAUCCCCUUUCGAAAUGGUAGGUUCUCUUGGCCCCCAUUCAGGGAUUAG